UGAGGAGCAUAGAAAGUGGGGCCAGAGAUGUCUGGAAAUGAAUCACCAGAAUUAGGGCAAGCUGAUGUUGAUCGAUCAGUUAGGCAAGUUUGUGCAAAUGGGAUUUGCAUGCAAACAAAUGUUGUUGAAGCAAAGCUUGAUGAGGGAAACAUUCAAGAGGCUGAAUCUGCAUUGCGUGAAGGUUUGUCCCUCAAUUUUGAGGAAGCACGAGCUCUUCUUGGAAGAUUGGAAUAUCAAAGAGGAAAUGUGGAAGGUGCUCUUAGGGUGUUUGAUGGUAUUGAUCUCCAAGCAGCCAUACAAAGGAUGCAGCCUUCUGUUACUGAGAAACAACCUUCUAAAAAGGGCCGCACUAAAAGCAUUGAGUCUGUGCCAGGUGUCUCACAGCAUGCUGCUGGUCUGGUCCUUGAGGCCAUAUAUUUGAAAGCGAAGUCCCUGCAAAAGCUUGGGAGACUGACUGAUGCUGCUCGUGAAUGUCUAAGUGUGCUUGAUGCCGUAGAGAAGAUAUUCGAUAGUGGCAUACCUGAUGUACUGGUGGAGAAUAAGCUGCAAGAAACUGUGAGCCAUGCUGUUGAGCUCCUUCCAGAGCUAUGGAAGCAAGCUGGUUCCUAUUCUGAAGCAAUGUCUGCCUAUCGCCGUGCCCUCUUAAGCCAAUGGAAUCUCGAUAAUGACUGCUGUGCCAGGAUUCAAAAAGCUUUUGCUGUGUUUCUGCUUUAUAGUGGGGUUGAGGUUUGCCCACCAAGCUUAGCUGUGCAAAUUGACGGUUCUUAUGUACCUAGGAACAAUUUAGAAGAAGCCAUACUGCUGUUAAUGAUUCUGAUGAGAAAAGUCUACCUUGGUAAGAUCAAAUGGGACCCUUCAGUUUUAGAGCACCUUACAUUUGCUCUGUCUGUAUGCGGCCAAACCUCUGUUUUAGCUAAACAACUUGAAGAAGUAAUGCCAGGGGUACUUAACCGGAUUGAUCGUUGGCGAUCUUUAGCACUUUGUUAUUUUGCGGCUGGACAGAACAAAAAUGCCUUAAGUCUGCUGCGGAAGUCUCUGCAUAAACAUGAAGAGCCAGAUGACGUUCUCUCAUUGGUGUUGGCUUCUAAAAUUUGUUCUGAGGAUGUCUUUCUUGCAGCUGAGGGAGUGAAGUAUGCACAGAGGGCGAUAACUAAUGCAGAGGGUUCAAAUGAACACUUGAAAGGUGUUGGUCUCCGCGUGUUAGGUCUUUGUUUGGGCAAGCAGGCGAAAGUUGCAACCUCCGACUUUGAGAGAUCACAACUUCAAUCUGAGGCUUUAAAAUCUUUAGAUGGUGCAAUGGCUUUAGAGCAUGAAAAUUCAGAUUUGAUGUUUGAGUUAGGCGUUCAAUAUGCAGAGCACCGUAAUCUGGAUGCAGCUUUGCAAUAUGCGAGAAAGUAUGUUGAUGCAACAGGAGGAUCUACUCUAAGAGGUUGGAGACUGCUUGCUUUAGUUCUUUCUGCUCAACAUCGCUAUUCGGAGGCUGAAGUAGUUACUGAUGCGGCUUUUGAUGAGACUACAAAGUGGGAUCAAGGACCUUUGCUAAGAAUGAAAGCUAAGCUUAAAACAUCCCAGUCACGGUACAUUGACGCUGUUGAACCUUAUCGUCAUCUCCUUUCAUUGGUUCAAGCUCAAAGAAAAUCUUUUGGACCAUUCAGAAAUGCGCCUCAGGUGGAGGAAGAUAAGGUAAAUGAAUAUGAAGUUUGGCAUGGACUGGCAGACUUGUACUCUAGCCUUUCACAUUUUAAGGAUGCAGAGACAUGUUUGGAGAAAGCUAGAGGUCUUAUCGAGUACUCAGCAGACACUUUGUAUACAGAAGGAAUGAUGUUUGAAAGACAGGGAGAAAAUGACAAAGCGUUGUCUGCUUAUAUUAAUGCACUAUUAGUAGAGCCUAAUCAUGUGCAGUGUAAGAUCUUGCUUGGUUCUUUAUUGACUAAAAUGGACCCGGGGAUGUUGCCAUUGGCAAAAGCAUUACUCUCAGAUGCAUUGAGGAUUGAACCUACCAAUCGUGUAGCUUGGUACCACUUGGGAUUGGUUCAUAGAGACGAUGGACGGGUAGCUGAUGCUGCUGAUUGUUUCCAGGCAGCUUCCAUGCUUGAAGAGUCUGAUCCCAUCGAAAAGUUUAGUUCCAUCCUUUGAAGUUUUCCAACCAUCUACAAGUCAAAUCUUAUUCUUUUAUUCUUUAUUUAUACAGGAUUUGGGCACAAUGUCCAAAAUUAUGCUUAGAUGACUUCGUUGGUAGGUUUU